GUGUAUUUUCCAAGUAUUUCUAUUACAUUUUCGUACAUUGCCAAAAAAGUUUUUGUAUGUGAUACUUGUUGGUGGUGAAGAGGUGGCCAAAAUUAUUAUAUACAUGCGUAUACAUAUAUAUUUAUUAAUAAAGAGUGGAAAAUGUCGGAAGCUGCCAAAAGUCCGCGCAUUACUUCAAUUAUUGAAAAUCAGUUGUUCCGGCGGCAACGGAGCAUUAGGCAAAAGCAGUCCAUAGAUGUGCCUGAUUUCGAGAAGACCUAUGCUGUAAUAAUUUUCUCGGAAAAGGCCAAAUUGCGCCAUUGCCAAGAUGUGGAAAAGAUAAUACAAGAAUUUAAAGUACUCACAACGCUCGAGGUCGUCAGCAAAACUGAAAAAUACCUCUAUUUGUCAGCCACCACAGAAACUUUGCUGCGUUUUGCUGAUGAGGCCGAGUUAAGUAAGCUUACCAUAACUGGCAGUAUGCAAAAAUUCAAUUGUGAUUGUAUAUCCGAUUAUCUGCUACCUGGUAUGACGCCAGCAGAUAUUGUACGCGAAUGUGAGGGCCCCGUACUCAUAAAGGACGUCGUUAAACCGGCAAUUAUGUCGUACAUAAGAAAUGGCAUGGUCGAGGAUUUUUUUCCAUUGCACAACAUUGAGUAUUUAGAUAGAUUCGCAUUUGAUUGGCGACGUCGUAACUUUCCGAUCGAAGACAUAUGCAACUACUUUGGUUCGAGCAUUGGACUAUAUUUCGGCUUUACCGAGUUCUACACAAAGGCGCUUAUAUUUCCAGCUAUUUUCGGUAUGCUGCAGUUUGUGUGGAAUGUGAAUUUGUCAUUGGUUUGCAGUUUUUAUGUGCUAUGGACAACGAUUUUCCUUGAAUUGUGGAAGCGCAAGUGCUCUGGCUACUCUUAUCGUUGGGGUAAUAUUGAGAUGAGUAGUUUGGACAAGCCGCGCUCUGCUUAUCAUGGUGUGCUAAAGUCGGAUCCAAUAACGGGUAAAAUGAUGCUGCAAUAUCCAAUGCGCUAUACCUAUCUGCAAAUGUAUUGCGUUUCCUAUCCUGUGGUGCUAAUAUGCGUAGCUGCUGCUGCUUACUUUGCCUUGUAUCAGUUUCAGAUAGAGGCAGAAGUGUUGGCUGAUUUUGGUCCUGACUCCUGGCUACUUUAUAUUCCUGUGAUUGUACAAUCAAUACUGAUUGCUAUUUUCUCUUGGGCCUACGAGAAAUUAGCCACAUUUUUGACUGACCAAGAGAAUCAUCGUACACGUUCGCAAUACGAUCGUCAUCGCGUAAAUAAGUUAAUGCUUUUUGAAAUCGUCAAUAAUUUCUUUUCAUUGUUCUAUAUUGCAUUUGUGCUGCAUGAUUUGAAGCAAUUAAAAUAUCAAUUAAUGAUGCAGUUGCUUAUCUUUCAGAUUGUUUGCAUUGCUCAAGAAAUCGGCAUCCCCCUCUUAGCCGUGGUGCGUCAGAAAUUCGUAAAAUAUAUGCAUAAAGAAGUAGAUGAGGAAAUAAAGAAUAAUGUAACGGACUUGGCACGCUAUGAACAAUGUUUCUACGAAGCCGGACUUGAUCAAUAUCAAUCGACCUAUGAAGACUAUCUGCAGCUGUGCAUACAAUUUGGUUAUGUAGUUUUGUUUGCUGCUGUAGCGCCUUUUGCAGCUUUCGGCGCCUUAAUCAAUAACAUCUUUGCGAUGCAUAUCGAUUUGUUUAAGCUAUGCAAUAUAUUCAAGCGUCCAUUUGGACGGCGAGCUAAAAACAUUAGCGCUUGGCAAUCGGCUUUUGAAUUACUUUCGGUGAUGGCAAUACUGAGCAAUUGCGGUCUGCUUUAUUUACAGCCAAACGUGAAGGGCUUUUUCUCAAAACUAUUUCCCCAAAUGCCAGAUAUAACCUUUAUACUUUUUGAACACUUGCUUUUGGGCUUGAAAUUUGUUAUACACAAAGUGAUACACGAACGACCACGUUGGGUGCGUAUAGCUUUGCUAAAGGCAGACUACGAAUCGGACCAGGCUUACAAAAAACUGAAGUAAAAAAUUUAAGGCAUUUAACAAAAUGGACUAGGUAAAAUGAACAGGAAAUGAAGGAAAUCCCUUAGCAAAACCAAAUUACUGUAAACGAUAGCUUUUUAGUUUAUGUUAAUUUGUUGCUAAUGUAGCUAUUGUUGCUGUUUCCAAAUUGCUGUGCUCUGGCAAAUUACGGCCUUGCCUAUAGUUUUUCGGCACAAUAAUAGCAGCACAACAAUAACAUUCAUAUUUAUUCUGGUGAUUUUUUAUUUAAAUAAUUUAGUUUACGCAUUUACUUUAUAUGUGUUUAUUUGAAGACUAAAAAUGUAUUUUAUAAAUAUUUUUUUAUGUAUUAUGUUACAUUAAUCGCCAUA